AUGUCUGUCACUCACCUUGAAUUAUAUGAGCAGAUGGAUAACCAGCCAACAGCAUUCAGUAGAUAUAAUGGUGGCGAUGAAGAUGAUGAUGAUGAGGAGGAUGGCAUACCUAAAAUCAGGAUUGGUAUCUGUGCUAUGAGUAAAAAGGUGGGUGUGUCUCAGGAAGCCCUUUCUGUCUUGUUUGGACAGUGUCCAGUGGCCCAUGGUGGUUCAGUUCUGUUGUUUCAGCUAAUGAACAGAGAUGAGCAUAGGGGGAGGUGCCUGUGAGGUUGGUUGAGCCCCAUAAAUUAUAUGUAACCUGGCAUUCACCUAGGCACUGCUGUCAUUGUGCGACAACUGUAAUCAGUGGAACCUAACAUAUUUACAAUACACUUUCUGCAGGGGGGGGGGGGGGGGGAUGGUAGGGAAAAAACACUUUGCAAGUUCGAGCCAUGAAAGGCAACAACAUGCUAAGGUAAUGAAGUGAUGUCAACAGGGUUCUAUCUAGGAUUUAUCGUUUAGGGGUGAAGUCCCGAGUGGCCAGAGGCCACGAGCUUCCUAGGGGGGGCUGGGGGCUUGCUCCCCCGGAAAUUUUUGGAAAUGAAUAUGCGCUGAGAUGCAAUCUGGUGCAUUUUGAGACCCACUUUUGAGAAAUGUUACAGUGGUAUUUUAUUUUAUUUUUUAGUCGUGAUCACGUUCUGAUAUAGUUACUUAUAUACUGUAAUGAUAACAAUAUUUUUGGGGGGGAAGCCGGGCAUUUUGGGGGGGAAGCUUCUACCCCUUAAAUACCCUAGAUAGAACCCUGGUCAAGGAAAUAGCUGUAAAAAAAAAAUAUGAAUUCCUGUGACAUAAUUAGCGCACCCCUGCAUAUCUCCAACAAUAAACUGCUGGCCAGCCAUGUCUCAAAUUUAACUAAGCCUAAAUUUCAUUUAGGCACAUUAUUUUAAUGACCAGGAAAUCUUGAUAAUAUUCUUGCAGUAAAAUCAUCUAACAAGAAUCUCUGAAUUUUAAAGGUUAUUAUUGAGCACAAAACUUUACAUUCAAGUGGGUGGAGUUACUGUUGUAAGUUUAUGUGGGUAUGUUGUGGUUCAAUUUUAUCCUUGGUUCAAAUUUUAUUUUCUUUUGUUUUAAACUCAUUAUCAUACAUUACCAUACCCCUAAACAAAGGGAAAUAAAAUUUGAACCAAGGAUAAAAUUGAACCGCAACAGGUACACUCAUUUGCUCCUUGCCAUCCAAAUUUGCCUGUGAACUAAUUAUUUAUUAAAAAAUGUGCAGGCUAUCCUAAUCCAAGAUGGUUCCCUGUUCUUAACAUUUAACAUUGCUGUAUUUUACUCUUGAUAUUGAAAAGCUUUCCUCCUUUUGAAAUGUUAUGCUCCACUCAUGGAAAGUUCUCAAAUGUGAGUAGCCUGUUUCAAAUCAGCGCUUUUAUCGUGAUCCUGUUGGGCAGCACAGGCCCAGAAAGGUUUUUUUGCAUUAGAAUACUCUAUCUCCCUGGCCCCAGUUGUUCAAAAGAUGGAUAACGCUAUCCACCAGAUAAAUCACUAUCCACUGGAUAGCGCAAUUGGUUUCCCUAACACUUAUCUGGUGGAUAGUGAUUUAUCCGGUAGAUAUUGCUAUCCAACUUUUGAACAACUGAGGCGUGGAGUUUGCAGAGGUUUGGUGAAACACAAUUAUUGGGAGUUGAAACAGCAAUAUGAAAGUCUCAACGUGUUGUUCUCUCCACAGACCAACUCACAACCAAUGCAAGAGAUUCUUGGUCGCAUGUCAGUGUUUGACUUUGUGGAUAUCUUUGUGUUCCCUGAUGACACCAUCCUGAAUGUACCAGUCGAAAAAUGGCCCAUCUGUGACUGUCUUAUCUCAUUUUACUCCAAAGGAUUUCCUCUCGAGAAGGCUAUUGACUAUGCCAAUUUAAGAAAACCUUUUAGUUUGAAUGACCUGGAGAUGCAAUAUGCCCUCAUGGACAGGUUUGUUUACCUAUGUUGUAGGCCAUUUAUGUUCAGGUUAAAAAGGCUUCAACCUAGGUUGAUUCUCAAUUUCCUUUGUCUCCUAGUCUUUUUUAAAGGGGGUUGCCUAAUCCCCAUUAAAAUAUUUCUUUUGCAUGUAGGGUACUAUAAACACUGUAGGCAAUACUUCUGAAAAUUAUUUGGCUGUCCAAAGAAAUGCUGGUUCUAGUAUACCAGAUUCUGGUAUAUCCUAUGAUUGGUAUAUUUUGACAGCUGUUUCAUACAGAAUCAACGCUUGAACAGCCAUCACCUCGAUUAGAGUUAAUCCUUGUAAAACUCCUUGAUACACCUGUAGUUGUUCUGUCAUGGUGGUCUUCUCCUGUAUUUCUAAAUCACAGUCUGUUCUCUUGUAGACCAACGAUGUACAGUCUUUUAGCUACUGCUGGUAUAGAAACACCCAGACAUGCAAUCCUUCUUAGAGAUGAAAACACUGGUGAACCUAUCAACACAAGAUUUGUUGAGACAGAUGACUCAGUGCAAGUUGGUGAUAUGGUGUUCCAUAAACCCUUUGUUGAGAAACCAGUAAAUGCAGAAGAUCACAAUGUAUACAUUUAUUUCCCUUCUUCAGCUGGUGGAGGAAGCCAACGAUUGUUCCGCAAAGUGGGAAACAGAAGCAGUGUGUACUCAGCAGAGAGUUCUGUGCGUAAAGAAGGCUCGUACAUUUAUGAAGACUUUGUUGUCACUGAUGGAACAGAUGUCAAGGUAUAAUGGAAAUAUUGUGGGUAAUCAAGGUUUAGGUUUUUCUUGUGUCACAGAUGUAUUUUACCAGAGUAUUUACGGGGUUAGCCAAAAUACAAUUUAAACAUUUAACCUAAAGGUCUUAAAAUUCUUUCAAAGUCGCAAGUGGCUCAAACAACAAUAAAUGUUAUAUCCAGAAAAGGAGGAGUACAAAAUACAGUGGAACCUCGAUAUAAGGAACCUCUAUAUAGCAAAGUCUUCGGUAUAACAAGUAUGUAGAUAUAAUGAAACCUCGCUAUAGCGAACAAAUUUUGUCAGUCCCUUGGCACUUCUUUGUAUCGAGGUUCUACUGUAAAAAGAAAAAGGAAUAAAAAGGAGUAUAAUGCACUGUAUUAUUGGUUUGAUUUUGCAUGGUUUGGUACCCUGGAUGAAUGGGAUUCGUGAUGCUGAAAGUUCUUAAAUAGUUCUUUAAUACUCUAGUAGGAACUAACAACCUGACAAAUGGAUAGGUGGAUGCAAUGGGCAUGCUUUCAAUUUAAUAAGUCUACAGGUUACCUUAGGGAAUGCAAAACAGCAAGUGAGAAAAUAUUCUUCCAGUUUUGGGAUUUACAAGUACUGUAUUUGUUUUUUUAUCAGCUUUCAAAAAUAAUAGUUGGGUGAAAAAUGUAGGUGUUUCAGGGUAUACGUGACUGUGAGGAUUUGUCUCAGCAGAAAUUUGCAUCAGAAAUCUGCACAUGUGGUAUCUGUGCAUGUGAUCUUCAAAAUCCCGCUUGAGUUUUUAAUGUCUGAUUAAUUCUCUGUAGGUGUACACAGUAGGGCCUGAGUAUGCCCAUGCAGAAGCUCGCAAGUCUCCAUCACUUGAUGGAAAAGUUGAAAGAGAUUCCCAAGGGAAGGAGAUUCGAUAUCCAGUCAUUCUCAAU